GAAGAGGGCUGCGCGAUUCGGUGUCUGCAUGCACCCGGUUGAUGCUGCUCGCUGAUGAGGCAGCAGAUGUUGCUUGUGCUGCACGACAUGACACGGCUUGGUGGAGAGAUGAUGAUGCGAUAAGAACAAGCUCCUCUUCCCAUCUAUUCCCUCCAUCUUCACCCCCAUCAGUUCUCCACCUCCCGCGGUCGGCCUGCACCUGCAGCACGAUGGCUUCCAGCUCCUCUUCCUUCGUGCCACCGCAACCGACGACGACAACAAUGAUGGAGCAGGGCUCUUCUGCCUCGAGCCCCAGCGAGCGGCCCUCGUCGCCUUCCUCAUCUACCAAUACGCACACGUCCGCCUUGCUCUUUUCGCCGCGUGUCUAUGGCGACCGCCUGACGCUUCCGGGUCAGGGUCACGACGGCCACGUUGAGCAAGACGAAGAUGCCCUGCUGACGCCCCCCUCGACCGCGCCGCCGUCGCUCUGGUCCGUCUCAUCGCGACCGCGUGCGACGGCGGCCAAGAACGAGGCCAAGAACAAGGUCAGGAGUGAGGCAGCUCCUGCGAUGCAGCGCACGAGGGGAGCCAAGGACGAUGCGGCCAUCGUUGAAGAGCUCGACGAGGAGCGACUUGGCCAUCUCGACGGCUCCGACACCGACCAAGGCGAUGCGGAUGACGAUGACGACGACGACGGUGGGGAAGAAGCGCAUCAAGACUCGCACGGGGACAAUGACGAAGAGGAAGAGGAGGAAGAAGAGGACCUCGGCGUAGACCUGCCCGCCACACUAUCGCAUGCGCACUCGAUCCUGCUGGCAGAGGCAAAGGCACUCCUCGAUGCCGCCUCGAGGCUGCAGGGCGUCGAGAUGCAAAAGGGGUCCGACGAGAGAAUAGCGGGACCCUCGAGUGGACGACGGGCAAGCUCGACGCGCGCCUCGUUUGAGGACGCCAUCAAAGUCCUUGUCGGCACCGUCGCCGGUGGCGGCAAGAUUGUUUGGACCGGCGUGGGCAAGAGCGGCCUGAUUGCGCGCAAGCUCUCGGCCACAUCCAUGUCCCUCGGCCUACCCUCGGUCUAUAUGCACCCGACGGAGGCGCUGCACGGCGACCUGGGCCUCGUCUCAGGCCACUUUCCACAUGCGCCCGUCGCCCCUCUGCUCCGAGCGAGGGCUUCUGAGAACCGAGCGCCGGCACCACCGCGUCAGCCCGACGCCAUCUGUGCGCUCUCGCACAGCGGCGGAAGCUCCGAACUGCUCCAGCUCCUGCCCCACCUCCAGCUGAGGGGGUGUCCCAUCCUUGCCUUUUCGGCCAGGGAGGACUCCAAGCUCGUCGAGGCCGCCACCGGCGGGAGAGGUGCCUGGGUCGACUGCAGGACAUCGUCGCCCGGCUCGCCCGUCGACGACGAGCAAGGCACGGCAGAGGCCGAUGGCCUCGUCCCAGCACCUACGAGCAGCACGACAGUGGCCCUGGCCAUGGGCGACGCUCUCAUUCUCUCUGUUGCACGCGCAUGCGGGCUUGGCAAACAGAGCUUCACGAGGAACCACCCCGGUGGCAAACUCGGCGGCAGGCUCCUCCAGGAAGAGACGCUGAUCCGCAUGGGCAGUGCCGCGGCGUGAAGGCUCCUCUCUGUUUCUCUCUCAUCAUUCUAUCGCAGUACUCUGGAAUUCGCAUAAUAGACAACUUGACCCCCCAUUCUUCAUUUUCUUGCCUUGGG